AUGGCCGCGCUGCGCUUCGGGGAGCCCCCGGCGGAGCCGCCCGCCUUCCCCGCGGGCAGGUGGGCGGGGGGCGGCGGGCCCGGCCCGGCCUCGCCCGCCCUCAGGGCGCUUCCCCCGGCCGAGCCGUCCGAGGGGGCGCCGGCGGCCUCGCAGCGUCGGAAGCGGACGAGCUUCACGGCGGCGCAGCUGGAGACGCUGGAGCUGGUUUUCCAGGACACCAUGUACCCCGACAUCUACCUGCGGGAGAAACUGGCCGACGCCACGCAGAUCCCCGAGUCCCGCAUCCAGGUGUGGUUCCAGAACCGCCGCGCCAAGUCCCGCCGCCAGCGGGGCCCUCCCCGCCCCGGCCCCGCCGCGCCGCCGGGCUGCCCGCGGCCGCCCCGCUUCGCUGCCCUGCGCGCCCCGCAGCGGCCCCGCUGCGCCCUCUCCGCGGCCGCCCGCACGGAGGACGGCUCGGCCCCCUACGCGUGGCCGCCCGCCGCCGGCUUCCCCCCCGGCCCCGGCUUCGAGGGCUUCCCGCCCGGUGGGGCCGAGCCCGGCCCGUUCGCGGGGAGCGCCGCCGGCCCCUUCCCGCCGGCCCGCGCCUUCUGCGGGCAGUACUCGCCCGUGUCGGACGCCGAGGACACCAGCGGAUACUCGGAGUCGGGCUCGGAGUGGGAGGAGAACGCGCUCGGCGCUUUCCGCGCCCUGUGA